AAGGAUGAAGAAAAGAAAGGAAAUACAGAAUGUUUCAACUGUCAUACUCAAACAACUCCGUUAUGGCGCCGAAAUCCAGAAGGUCAACCACUGUGUAAUGCUUGUGGAUUGUUUUUGAAAUUACAUGGUGUGGUUCGUCCUCUUAGUCUCAAAACAGAUGUGAUCAAGAAACGCAAUCGCAAUAAUCCAAAUACC